AUGUCCACUGCUCUUCCUGGUCCAUCCACGCCCAUUGUUCCGUCUUCAAGACAACCUACAGGCAUUCCUAGAACGCCGUCCUCAACACUACCGCAUCCCAGUACGAGAAGCGCCAAUAGCACAUCUCUUCUUGUGAGAUCAGGCAGCGGUGCCCUUGGCAGCGCCGGCAGUAACACAACAUUGCAUUCAAAUACAUCUGCUUCUUCAUUAAUAAUGUCGAGUAAGAGGAUAUCGAAAUAUGACAAGAAUCUGAGUCGAAAGUCUACCGAAGUGUCAUUAUCAAGUUUUGCAUUCAUUUUCUCCGAGGCCAUUCAAUAUAUGCAUAAGAGAGCCACCGGUAUCCAAGAUUUUGAAAAUAGACUUAAUCAACUUGGAUAUCAUAUUGGCCAACGAGCACUUGAGCUUGUUACCGUGCGCGAGGGCAAAAGCGCUCGCAGAGAAACAAAAGUACUAUCUAUUUUACAAUUUAUUCACACCACACUCUGGAAGACUUUAUUUGGACGAUCAGCCGACGCAUUAGAAAGGUCAGCCGACGCUGCCAACGAGUACAUGAUUAUUGAUUUUGAACCUAUGAUAACGCAGUUCAUCUCUGUACCAAGAGAACUCUCACAACUGAAUUGUGCAGCCUUUGCAGCUGGAGCCAUUGAAGCCGUCUUAGACGGCUCACAGUUUACCGCCAAUGUCACAGCUCACACAGUCGAGACAGAUGAGCAUCCUUUGCGAACAGUAUUUCUUAUCAAGUUUGAUCCCUUGGUUAUAGAACGUGAGAAAUAG